AUGAGAAAUAGGAUGCCGACCACUAAUGAAUGUUCAACUUCAUCUUCAAUAAGCAAUCAACAGGAUGCUGGGAAUGAUAGGAUGAUUGCCGUCUUACUUUCUGAAGAGUAUGCUAAAUUAGAUGGUGCAAUUGCUCAACGGCUUUCCGAGUUUGCACCUGUUCCUCACAUUCCGCGGAUCAAUUCACACAUUCCCACCUUAAGCGACACAAAUUUGGAUUACCAACGGCUCCUCCAAAGGCUAAAUGUUUAUGACUUGUACGAAGUGAAGGUGUCUGGGGAUGGAAAUUGUCAGUUCCGUGCACUUUCAGACCAGAUCUAUAGAUCGCCCGACCAUCACAAGCAUGUGCGUAAGGAAGUUGUAAAACAGCUUAAAGAUAACCGUGCUUUGUAUGAAGGUUAUGUUCCAAUGAUGUACAAGCACUAUUACAAGAAAAUGGCAAAGUCAGGUGAAUGGGGAGACCAUGUCACAUUACAAGCAGCAGCCGACAAGUUUGCUGCGAAGAUUUGUCUUUUGACUUCAUUCAGAGAUACUUGCUUCAUUGAAAUUGUUCCACAAUAUCAGACACCUACGCGAGAGCUAUGGUUAAGUUUUUGGUCUGAGGUGCAUUACAAUUCACUUUAUGAAAUGCAAGAUGCUCCCUUGCCCCACGAGCCAAGGAGGAAACAUUGGUUGUUUUAA